AUGAUUUUUCUUGAUUUGGAUGAUAGGAAAACUACAAUUAUAGAACAAGAGCGUCAAAAUCUACACGAGUCGCUUUUACCAAAUUAUCAAAAACGUGACGAUGAUAUACCAAAAACGACAAAUAUAGGAUGGCUAAAAAAUUAUUUUCAAGAAGAUGAUGAUAAAGAUUAUUUCCCUUCCAAUUCAAAGUAUGAAAAGUUCAUGACAUUUUCUCCUCAUGGGAACCUUUUUCAACAAAGAGAAGAGUUAGAAAAUGCGGUUUUCUUGGCCUAUUUUCUAAAUAGAACUCUAGUAAUUCCUCCUAUUAUAUUGGGAUUAAAUAUUGAAUUCAUCAAUCCCCAAGAAUUACGUCAAAAGUUAAAUACACUUCGCGCAGAUAAACUCGAGUCAGAAUGCUCGAUUAAAGAAGUUACAAAACCUGAACGAAAAGAAACGAAAUAUGAAAUCGAUCUGAAUUGUUUGAAUGAAUUUGAUUCUUACUCUUUAUUACGUUGGGAUUCCUUAUUUAACUUGGAUUUUAUUAAACAGAAUAUUCACAUAUUACACAGAAGAGAUUUUGAUCAGGUUAAACUUGAAAAAAUGUUAAACGUUACGAAUUCAAAGCUAAAUGUCUGUGAAUUUAAGAUAUCAUCAUUGAAUUCUAUUCAUUCACAUAAAGAGAAACUGCUAUCCUUUGAUUGCUUAUCAGGAAAAGGGUUAAUUGAUAAAGAUUCACCCCAAGAUCAAUUAUAUUGGGACAUGAUAGAUAAUUCUCUCACAUUGAACAAUCCUGUUGUAUUAGAUGUCUCCAAAAAGAUCGUUCAAAAAUUAGGAGGGAAAGGAAAUUAUGUUGGUGUACACGCGAGAUUUCUUUCUACAUCAAAUUCCAAAAAAUUUAUACAAAAAUCUUUUACAAGGUUAACGUUGGCCUUAAAGAAUUACUUCAACGACAUUCCUCAAGAUUUAAAGGGAACAUCAAACGAUUUAUGUAAAUUGGAUUUUAUUCCAUCAUCACGCGUCAUUUAUUUAGCCACAGAUUUAAGCAGAAAUGAUGCAAUCCUAUCAUCAUUCUUAUCAAAGUUUCCGUGCGUCUUAAUUUUAAGUGAUUUUAAAAAGAUUUUACAUCCCUUACUUGAAUUAUAUAAUCCAAGAGAUGGAACACUUUUAUUUAAAUUUUUGGAACCUUUGGUAAAUUCUCAAAUUGCUUCGAGUGGUAUGGAAUUAUUUAGCGUAGGUGAUGAUACCUAUUCUGCGUACACAAAGCAAUUGCAUAAAGACACGAAUAAUGUAUGA